AUGAACGAUAUACUUCUAUCCAAUGUUCUUCAUCUGAAUUCAAAGAAAUACUCAAGAAUAGCAGACGCAGUCGGUCGUAUACCAGGAAAGUGCUUGCGACUGUUUGGCGGUUCGCAUGUUGAUUCAUCGCUUAUCACUAUUUUCAUUGUUGGAAUUGUUCUCAGUUGUAUCCAAACUACGACGACAACUGUUAUCUUAUCUACCUAUUCGGACUCCUUGUCUUCAGCCAGCCCGGUUUUUAUCCGACCUCAUGCUACUGUUGCAGGCUAUUACCAUUAUCAGGCCCUUCAAUUUACGGUUCAGACAGAUGGUACAUACACUUUCACUAGUAAUAGUCCAUGGGACACGUAUAUCUGUUUAUACGAUAAUCCAGUUGAUCCAUCCUAUCCAUAUCAAAAUCUUAUCACAUGUGAAGAUAAGAGUGGUGAAAGCGAUGAGUCUCAAAUCGACGUUUACUUGCAGUUUGCACAAACAUAUGUUUUGAUUGUAACGACAUAUCAAAUCGAUUGGACGAGACGUUUUACGAUCAAUGCAGUGGGUCCGGAAUAUCUUAGGAUAACAUCAUUAACACCAUCUACCAGUAGACCCAUGGAAAUAACAUCUACGAUGCCACCUCCUGUCAUAUCCACUUUCUCGAGCUCCUUGUCAUCAAACAGUCCAAUAUUCUAUCGGCCGCAUUUUUUUAAUUACCAUUUUUACUUCUAUUAUGAAGCUCUUCGAGUUACUACAGACACAAAUGGUACAUAUAUUUUCGCAAGUAGUAGUUUAAUCGACACAUAUGGCUGCUUAUAUCAUGAUCAUGUCGAUCUAUUAUAUCCAUAUCGAAAUCUUAUUAUAUGUGGCGAUAAAAUGUAUGGGGUGCCGGAUUUUCGAAUCAACGUUACCCUACAACGCGUACAAACAAUUUUCUUAAUUGUGACAACGUAUUGGCCCAAUCAUACGGGAGAUUUUAAGAUCAGUGUCGAUGGACCGGACAACGUAAAUUUCAAAUCAAUCGCACCACCGACACAUGAACCUAUAAUAACAUCAACCCCGACUUCGGUGAUUAUGUUUUCAACAUACACUGGCCUCUUGUCAUACGAUACGCCAAUAUUCUUUGGAUUCAAUCGUACAGGAGAUGAUUAUUACUUUUAUGAGAUGAUUCAAGUAAAAGUUGUUAGAAAUGGUAACUACACUUUUACAAGCGAUAGUUAUUUGAGCACUUAUGGCUGUUUUUACAAGAAUUCUUACAGUCCAUUGAACUUCUCUCAGAAUUUGAUCACAUGUGAUGAUGAUGGUGGCCGUGACCAAGGAUUUCAAAUCAAUAUUACUCUCCAGCACCAAGAAGUGUAUGUUUUGAUGGUCACAACGCAUACUGCAGGGACCAUGGGAGCUUUCUCCGUCAAAGCAGUCGGUCCAGGAUUCAUUGAUUUAACAACAUAUGUACUACCAACAAGCACAUCCACCGCGACAACAACCACGACAUCACCUGCAAUACUAUCAACUUAUUUUGACAACUUUUCAUCAAACAGUCCAGUAUUCGCUCGACCUAAUGGUGCUUCAGACUCCGCCUAUUACUACCAGACUCUUCAAGUAACAGCCUUUGCAACUGAUACAUACACUUUCACAAGUGAUAGUUCAUGGGACACUUACGGUUGUUUUUAUAAUAAUUCUUUUGAUCCGUCCAAUCCUUUUGUAAAUUUAAUCGCAUGUGAUGAUGACACCGCUGGUAAGAAACAAUUUCGAAUGACUCUCACGAUGCAAUACGAACAUAUGUACGUUUUGAUGGUGACAACAUAUUCACCCUGUAUAAAAGGAAGUUUCUCAAUCCAGACGAGCGGUCCCGAUUUUGUUCGUUUCUUAUUGCUCACCCCAUCCAGCAAUAAAUCAUUCUCAGCACUAGUUUCAUCUUGUUCACGUGAAACAACAUAUCAAAUUGGUUAUCACUACAGUCCUGAAGAUGUCCGAACAUUUAUGAUCGUUCUAUCGAUUUGGCUUGGUAUCUUCUGUAUAUGUGGUAUUUGUAUCUAUCGAUACAAGUGUCAACGAAAUCGUUAUCAACCACCAGCUUUGUCUGCACAUGCAUUGAAAUUGAAAAAAAUACCUUUUCAUGAGUCAAAUAACAACGAUAGUACUCGAAUUCCAUAUAGCAUUUCGUUGCCGACAACACCGAUUCGUCGCCCCGAGGGACUUCCACCAAAUUAUGAAACGGCUCUCUCCUGUAUUGGUGAACAAAAGCAAAGAAACUUAACUCACUUCUGA